CUCCGACUUUCAUUCUUCAAUUCUUUUCCUCAAUUCAUAAUUCAAUUCUUUUCCUCAAUUCAUAAUUCAAUUCUUUUCUUCAAUUCACAAACAAUAUGUCUUUCUCUUCCACAUCCAAGCAAGCGUUCCGACGUAUUGUGAAGCGGCAGUGCCGCAGCUUCAGCACUACCUCUCCAGCCGCCGCAGCUCGCGAAGUCAAGAAGAUUGGUGUAAUUGGGGCCGGACAGAUGGGUCUUGGGAUAGCAUUGGUGGCCGCGCAGAGAGCUUCGGUGCCGGUCCGAUUGAUUGAUAGCUCACAAGCUUCAAUCGACAAAGGCUUGAAGUUCGCCGACAAACUGCUAGAGAAAGACGUCAGCAAGCAGAGGAUAUCCAAAGAUGAUGCUGCAGCCGCUAGAGAGCGUUUGAUACCAAGCACGUCUCUGGAGGACCUGUCAGAUGUUGAUUUCGUGAUUGAAGCUGUCCCGGAAAUACCGGAUCUGAAAUCGAAGAUUUUCUCACAGCUUGCGCAAAUAUGCCCAUCUCAUGCAAUCCUCGCCACAAAUACAUCCUCCAUCUCGAUCACAAAAAUCGCGGCAUCAACGACAAGAGAUCCAACAGACCUUUCAGCUUCCUCUCGGGUCAUCAGCACUCACUUCAUGAAUCCUGUCCCAAUUCAAAAGGGUGUAGAGAUUAUUACAGGCUUGCAAACUUCGCAAGACACCGUAGACACAGCCGUCGAGUUCUGCAAGAAAAUGGGCAAGAUCCCAUCACGGAGCGCCGAUUCCCCUGGUUUCUUGGCCAAUCGAAUUCUCAUGCCCUACAUCAACGAGGCCAUCAUGUGCUUGGAAACCGGAGUUGGCACCAAAGAGGAUAUUGACAACAUCAUGAAAAACGGCACUAAUGUGCCCAUGGGUCCCUUACAGCUUGCAGACUUUAUCGGAAUUGAUACAUGCCUAGCUAUCAUGAAAGUGCUCUACGAUGAUACAGGAGAUUCCAAGUACAGGCCAGCGGUGCUACUUAGAAAGAUGGUCGAUGCUGGUUGGUUGGGGAAGAAGAGUGGGAAAGGCUUCUAUGAUUAUUAAUGCAGGCUACCCGGCAUGGAUCUACAUUCACUUUUGUGGACUCAUUGUGGAACACACACCCCAGAGGGGUGAAGGGUACCGUAUGGCGUUGCAGUUACGAGAUGCCUUCAAAUCCUUGUCGGUAGUCUGUAUAUAUUCAAAUAUGGUUCUUUCUACUCGCUGUUUGUGAAACAAAG